AUGGGCAACAGCCACGCUUGCAUGUUCUGUGACCAAGUUACCAAGACACAAAACCCUGAAUGUCACUACGAGGUGAGUACAGGUCAUAGAAAUAAUUGCGUGACCAGGGACGUGUUCAAGAGCAAAGAAUAUCUUACAGUGGACAAGGAGAACAAAGAAAAUAAUUGCACUGAUGCAAACAAUGCGACCGAGAUUGCGGAGAUGAAACAAAGGGCGAAGCUCGCGAGAGAGGCCGCCGUAGCACUGUUGGGAAAGCUUCCGAACAGAAAGAAUGACUUCUCGGACGUGCAGGAGAGGCACGCAAAGAAAGUGCAGGGGAUGUACUUGCACAACAAACUGAUGGAAGCGCUAGAGGAAGCGCGAAAGGAGGCUGAGACAAAGAUUAUUGAGAACAUGCAAAGUGAGUUCAAUGUACAGCAGAUCAAGGCAGAAAUGCCAAUUUAG